AUGACUCCGAGGGUUGCUAUGAGGCGUCGCUCUGCAGAAGUUGCUACCACAGAGCCAACAGAGAAAGGAAAUGGGAAGAAUCAGACUAAUCGAAUCUGUUUAUUGGUUUCUCUAUCACUCUUCUUCUGGGCAUUGUUGCUCUACUUCCAUUUCGUCGUCAUCGGGAGCAGCAGCAUCGAGAAGCAGAUCCAAUUGCAACCUAGCUAUGCCCAAUCUCAACCAUCAUCGAUCUCUCUCCGUGUAGAUAAAUUCCCUCUCGAGCCUCCCGAAGAGCCUCUAGUGAAACCUAUACUCCCUCCUGCCCCAGUAGCCAACUCUACAUCCACCUUUGAGCCGCCUCCUCGAAUCGUCGAGGAGUUUCCGUUUGUGAGAGCGUUGAAGACAAUCGACAACAAGAGUGAUCCGUGCGGAGGCAAGUACAUAUACGUUCACGAUCUUCCCUCCAAGUUCAACGAGGAUAUGCUUAGAGACUGCAAGAAGCUUAGCCAGUGGACCAACAUGUGCAAGUUCACCACCAAUGCCGGCCUUGGUCCGCCGCUCGAGAAUGUCGAAGGUGUCUUCUCCGAUCAAGGCUGGUACGCGACCAACCAGUUUGCCGUUGACGUGAUCUUCAGCAACAGGAUGAAGCAGUACAAAUGCUUGACCAACGAUUCUUCUCUCGCCGCUGCAAUCUUCGUGCCCUUCUACGCUGGAUUCGACGUCGCUAGGUACUUGUGGGGAUACAACAUCUCCACCAGGGACGCUGCUUCGCUCGAGCUGGUCGAUUGGCUCAUGAAGCGGCCUGAGUGGGAGAUAAUGAGAGGGAAAGACCAUUUCCUUGUGGCUGGGAGGAUUACUUGGGAUUUCAGGAGAUUGUCUGAGGAGGAAACCGAUUGGGGCAACAAGCUUCUCUUCUUGCCAGCUGCCAAGAACAUGUCUAUGCUUGUCGUUGAGUCGAGCCCCUGGAACGCUAACGACUUCGGGAUCCCGUACCCGACCUACUUCCAUCCGGCGAAAGACUCGGAGGUGUUCGAGUGGCAAGAGCGGAUGAGGAACCUCGAGAGGAAGUGGCUUUUCUCCUUUGCUGGAGCUCCACGACCCGACAACCCCAAGUCCAUCAGAGGCCAGAUCAUCGACCAGUGUCGGAACUCGAAUGUUGGGAAGCUGUUGGAGUGCGAUUUCGGGGAGAGCAAGUGUCAUGCGCCGAGCAGCAUCAUGCAAAUGUUUCAAGGCUCUCUCUUCUGUCUGCAGCCGCAGGGAGACUCUUACACAAGAAGAUCGGCUUUUGACUCGAUGCUCGCCGGUUGCAUACCGGUCUUCUUCCACCCGGGCUCAGCCUACACUCAGUACACGUGGCAUCUCCCCAAGAACUACACAACCUACUCUGUUUUCAUCCCCGAGGACGACAUUCGCAAGAGGAACAUGAGCAUCGAAGAGCGGCUCCUCCAGAUUCCGCAGGAGCAGGUCAAGAUCAUGAGAGAGAACGUCAUAAACCUCAUCCCGGGGCUGAUCUACGCAGACCCGAGGUCAGAGCUGGAGACGCUCAAGGAUGCGUUUGACGUGUCGGUGCAGGCUGUGAUAGACAAGGUGACUCGGUUGAGGAAGAACAUGAUCGAGGGUCGAACCGAGUAUGACUACUUCGUGGAGGAGAACAGCUGGAAGUAUGCGUUGCUGGAGGAAGGACAACGGGAAGCCGGUGGCCAUGUUUGGGACCCGUUCUUCUCGAAACCGAAGCCAGGAGAAGAUAGCAGCAGCAGCGGCGACGGCGGUGGAGGCACGACCAUCUCCGCGGAUGCAGCUAAGAACUCAUGGAAGAGUGAACAGAGAGAUAAGACGCAAUGA